CAUGGGGAGCUCACCACCUCUUUUGCCUGGGAGAGGACGGGCGGUGGGCCCUCGGGGAUGGGGGGUCCCGGGGCGUGAGCAGCCGCCCACUGCCGCCCCUCCUGGUGCCCUUGCAGAACCACUCGUGGAGCGAGCUGUACUCAUUUGCGCUCUUCAAGGCCAUGAGCCACAUGCUGUGCAUCGGGUACGGCCGGCAGGCGCCCGAGAGCAUGACGGACAUCUGGCUGACCAUGCUCAGCAUGAUCGUGGGCGCCACCUGCUACGCCAUGUUCAUCGGCCACGCCACCGCGCUCAUCCAGUCGCUGGACUCUUCACGGCGCCAGUACCAGGAGAAGUACAAGCAGGUGGAGCAGUACAUGUCCUUCCACAAGCUGCCGGCCGACUUCCGCCAGAAGAUCCACGAUUACUACGAGCACCGCUACCAGGGCAAGAUGUUCGAUGAGGACAGCAUCCUGGGCGAGCUCAACGGGCCCCUGCGGGAGGAGAUUGUCAACUUCAACUGCCGGAAGCUGGUGGCCUCCAUGCCGCUGUUCGCCAACGCCGACCCCAACUUCGUCACGGCCAUGCUGACCAAACUCAAGUUCGAGGUCUUCCAGCCGGGCGACUACAUCAUCCGCGAGGGCACCAUCGGGAAGAAGAUGUACUUCAUCCAGCACGGCGUGGUCAGCGUGCUCACCAAGGGCAACAAGGAGAUGAAGCUCUCCGACGGCUCCUACUUCGGGGAGAUCUGCCUGCUCACGCGGGGCCGGCGCACGGCGAGCGUGCGGGCCGACACCUACUGCCGCCUCUAUUCGCUGAGCGUGGACAACUUCAACGAGGUGCUGGAGGAGUACCCCAUGAUGCGGCGCGCCUUCGAGACGGUGGCCAUCGACCGCCUGGACCGCAUCGGCAAGAAGAACUCCAUCCUGCUGCACAAGGUGCAGCAUGACCUCAACUCGGGCGUGUUCAACAACCAGGAGAACGCCAUCAUCCAGGAGAUCGUCAAGUACGACCGCGAGAUGGUGCAGCAGGCCGAGCUGGGCCAGCGCGUGGGCCUCUUCCCGCCGCCGCCUCCGCCGCAGGUCACCUCCGCCAUCGCCACGCUGCAGCAGGCCGUGGCCAUGAGCUUCUGCCCGCAGGUGGCUCGGCCGCUCGUGGGGCCGCUAGCGCUCGGCUCUCCGCGCCUGGUGCGCCGUCCGCCCCCGGGGCCUGCACCUGCUGCCGCCUCGCCGGGGCCCCCGCCCCCCGCCAGCUCCCCAGGUGCGCCCGCCAGCCCCCGGGCACCGCGGACCUCGCCCUACGGCGGCUCCCCCGCCGCCCCCCUCGCCGGGCCCGCCCUGCCUGCGCGCCGUCUGAGCCGCGCGUCGCGCCCAUUGUCCGCCUCGCAGCCCUCGCUGCCCCACGGAGCGCCUGGCCCUGCGGCCUCAGCGCGCCCGGCGAGCAGCUCCACGCCGCGCCUGGGGCCCACACCCGCCGCCAGGGCCGCUGCACCCAGCCCGGACCGCAGGGACUCGGCCUCGCCCGGCCCCGCCGGUGGCCUGGACCCCCAGGACUCCGCGCGCUCGCGCCUCUCAUCCAACUUGUGACCCUUGCCCACCGCCCCGCGCGCCCAAGCGGGCCGGGGGCGGGGCCGUCAUCCAGACCAAAGCCAUGCCAUUGCGCUGCCCCGGCCGCCAACCUGCCGAGAAGCCAUAGACAGACGUAGGUAGCCGUAGUCGGACGGACGGGCCGGUGGGGCAGCCCCCUCUGCACCCCCGGCCGUCCCCCCUCAUCGCCCUGCGCCCACCCCCAUCGCCCCUGCCCCCGGCGGCAGCCUCGCGUGCGAGGGGGCUCCCUUCACCUCGGUGCCUCAGUUCCCCCAGCUGUAAAAUGGAUGGGGCAGCCCAGUGGCCCAGAAGAGCCCGCUGUGGAGCCCCCCAACCCCCCACGGUGGCCCGCUGUCCGAUGAGGAUUGUUUUCUAAGUGCAAUACUCGGCCCGCUGGCUUCCCGCUGCCCCCAUCGCGCUCACGCAAUAACCGGCCCAGCCCCGUCACCUGGCGUCCCGCGGUGACCGCCGGGAGCAGCCGCCCGGCUCCCUCCAGCACCCGCAGCGAGGGGCGGGCUGCGCAGGGCGCGGGGGCAAGGCUGGGGUCCCGCCGCCGUGAUGAAUGUACUGACGAGCCGAGGCAGCAGUGCCCUCCCACGCCCCAUUAACCCCCACACCCCCAUUCCGCGCAAUAAACGACAGCAUUGGCGCCCA